AUGGGGCCCCUAAUAUACUUGAAAAUAGAGGAAUGGCUAGAGAGGCGCUACGGCGUCCUCGCCUACCGCCUGACGCAGGUGCUUACUGGACAUGGGUGUUUCGGUAGGUUCCUGUUUCUGAUUGGGCGGGAGGAAACGCCCGGGUGUCGGCAUUGCGAGGACCACCCGGAGGACACGGUGGAGCAUACGGUGGCGGUGUGCCCUGCAUGGGCUGAGCACCGCCGUGUCCUCAGGGAUGUGAUCGGCGACGGUGACCUCUCGCGUCCGGCUUUGGUUCAGGCCAUGGUGCGGAGCGAGGGGGAAUGGGUCGCCGUCUCCUCCUUCUGCGAAGCAGUCAUGCUAGCUAAGGAGGAGCGCGUGAGGGAACGAUCCUCCUCACGCCCCAGCCGCCGC